AUGGGGUUGUUAAUGCUGUACUUGGCGCCGUCGGGCAGCAUGAAGGAUGCAGGGCUAGCCCUGGGCAUCUCAAAGCCGUACGCUGUUGUUACGAUCAACCAGUUGCUUCGUGUUAUCUGCAAGCGCGCUGGCGAUUUCAUUUUCAUACCUUCAACACAGGCUGGCUGGCAAGUGAUUAUGGAUGGCUUCGAGGCCGUGCGGGGUUACCCGUAUGUUUGUGGCGCGGUGGAUGGAUCACUUUUCGAGAUUGCACGGCCUGCUCAAUAUGAGGGCUGGUACUGCAAGGACUUUUAUCCAGCAAUAAAUAUGCAGGCAGUUUGUGAUCAUCGUAGACGCUUCAUGGACAACGACAUGCGACCGGGGUCAUACAGCGACAAAAAGACUUGGAAGGUGUCGCAAAUCGGCACUACAAUUCAAAAUGUUAUCCCCCGCGGCUUCCAUUUUCUAGGAGAUGCUGGGUUUACUCUCAGCUGCGAGUUAUUAACCCUUUCGCGAACGGGUACUUUUGACAAGACUCUAUUAUAG